GCUCGCGACACGCGACUCGUGUAGACGGUGGUACUGAACGGUUGGCACGACCUCGUCGUCGCCGUCGAGGAGGCCCGACCCUCGAAGCACGAGGGCAUCGCCCGCCAAGAGGGAAGGCGACAGGCCUUCUGGCCUCUUCGCGAGGAUGUCGCCGCCUCCUCGUCGUCGGCGACGACGUGGAUGUACGCGCUUCUCGACGAGGGUGGUUUACUGCCGGACACCAGCAGCGACGGCGUCAUCGAGAAUGAUGACGCGGUGGUCGCCGCAGGCGAUGGCGCCUGCGUGAAUGAUCGCAUGCUGCAUUAUCAUCAACAUCAGCAUCAGCAACAUUCCCAUCAGCAGCAGCAACAACGUCAUCAUCAUCAACUGCAGCAACAGCAGCAGCACCCGUCGGCGGAGUCCGAACUGGACGAUCUUUUGCGAUUCCGUGGUACCGGAACUACGACCGGACAGGGACAGGAGGAGAUGGUGGCGCAGGAAAUGGCACAGGGCUACACCCAGCUCCUGCAUUCAGCGACGGCGGUGCCGGCCCAGGAGACGCAGGAAUACAUCUCGCUGCAGGAGCUACAGCCGCGCAUUCAUCACCAAGAGCAUCAUCGCACCGUGCACGACACCUGCACGCAACUGGCCACGUCCGCCUCGCAACUCUAUCAUCAGCAUCAUCAGCAUCAACAGCAGCAGCGAAACGGUGGACAGCAACAGCAACAGCAACAUCAACGAGAUUAUUAUAAUCUCUCAUCCGUGCAGGAAAGUUCGUGCUCCACGGUUUAUUUUGGCGAGAUAGGCACGGGUACCGGGGUGGGAGAGCUAACCACCGCCUCGGCGGGGGGUGGUGGUGAAGGUCUCGCCCCGACUCCAACCCCCGCCAGCAGCAACAGCGGCAGCACUGCCAGUACCACCACCACCCCCAGCAGCCCAAGCACGACUACUACAACUAUUACCACCACCACCUCUACCAGCAGCACCGCCACCAUCCCGCAGAUUGCAACGGGGGCUGAACCGCCCCAGCACAUGGAGACACCCCCGACGAUGGUCCCCGACCAGCAGGCACCCGCCUCCGGCCAUCAAUAUCACCACCAUCACCAUCAUCAUCAUCAUCAUCAUCAUCGACAUCAUCGUAGUACGUCAUCCGCUACGCCUAGCCAUGGACCGCCGACCGAUACCUCGGAUGAGUUCGCACCGGUUUCCAGAAAGCGGAAACUUUCUUGCCACAUUGGAAGCGAUCUCUUGGACGAUCUGGGAGACGACGCCAAAUCAGUUCGCACAAACGACGACAGUAAGAAGCAGAACCAUAGUGAAAUCGAGAAGCGCAGAAGGGACAAGAUGAAUACAUACAUCACUGAGCUAUCGGCGAUGGUACCGAUGUGUCAUGCGAUGUCGCGGAAACUGGACAAGCUGACCGUGCUGCGAAUGGCGGUGCAGCACCUCAAGACUAUCUUCGGCGCGGUUACCUCAUACACGGAAGGUCAUUAUAAGCCCGCAUUUCUCAGCGAUCAGGAACUUAAGACGCUCAUACUUCAAGCUGCAGAAGGCUUCGUCUUUGUGGUGGGCUGUGAUCGCGGGAGAAUUCUCUACGUGUCCGAGUCCGUCUCGCAGACUCUUAAUUAUUCUCAGGGUGACUUGUUGGGUCAAAGCUGGUUCGAUAUCCUACAUCCUAAGGAUGUUGCGAAGGUAAAGGAGCAGCUCUCAUCCUCUGAUCUCAGUCCGAGGGAACGACUGAUCGACGCAAAAACCAUGCUACCGGUGAAAACCGACGUGCCCCAGGGUGUGUCACGACUUUGCCCCGGAGCGCGGAGAUCCUUCUUCUGUCGGAUGAAGCGUAAAGUCGACGGGGUCCGUUGCGGUGAGAUGCAAGUGAAGGAGGAAGCCGACGCCACCGCUGGCUGCCAUAGAAGAAAGAAGCAACAAAACGUAGAUUGGAAGUAUUGCGUGAUUCAGUGCACGGGCUAUCUGAAGUCCUGGGCUCCCGCAAAGAUCGGUCUCGAGGAACAGGAGGGCGAGGCCGACGGCGAAGCGUGCAAUUUGUCCUGCUUGGUAGCAGUCGGUCGAAUCCAAACAGCGAUAUCGACGGCCGCGUCGAGGAAGCCCCAUUCAAGACCCAUACAAUUUAUCUCGCGACACGCAAUGGAUGGCAAAUUUCUGUUCGUGGACCAAAGAGCUACUCCAGUAUUGGGCUUUCUACCUCAGGAACUGCUAGGCACCAGUAUGUAUGAAUACUAUCACCACGACGAUAUUCCUCAUCUGGCAGAAUCUCACAAAGCUGUGUUGCAAACUUCCGAACGCGUUACCACGCAGAUCUACAGGUUCAGGAGCAAGGACGCGAACUUCGUGCGGUUGCAGUCCGAGUGGAAAUCCUUCAGGAAUCCAUGGACUAAAGAUAUCGAGUAUCUAAUCGCUAAGAAUUCUGCUAUCUUCUGCGAUACACGUACAAGUGGAAAUAACAGAUCUGAGGACUCGAGCGUGCAGGGCAACUAUGAUUAUUUCACACAAACAGGUAAUGGUGGAUUAGAAAGACUGAUCUCGAGCCACGUGGAAGUAAGUAAGAUCGGCCGGCAAAUAGCGGAAGAGGUAUUGGAUCUACAAAGACGCGGAGAAGACUCCUCCUCAGGUAGUAGUCCUGGUCCAGCGACAGAAACCGGUUUAUUGAAUACCGAGUCGCAAAUGAUCACGACGACGGCAUCGCCAGAGAGAAUACCUGACAUUUCCCAGCCGAGUGGCAUCGGCAGCGACAACAGCAGCAGCAACCCCACAUCGACGUUCAACCACGUAGCGAACAACGUGCAGCUCAACAGCAUCGCGAAUGACCAAGGAGCGUCACCAGAUGAUGACAUGAUGGACAUGAUUGGCGGCACCACGAUUAAUGAAUCACCAAAUCCGAUCCCAUCCGAUGGCAACGAUGAGGCAGCGAUGGCUGUCAUCAUGAGCCUGCUGGAGGCGGAUGCAGGUCUGGGCGGUCCAGUGGAUUUUUCCGGAUUGCCAUGGCCGUUACCAUAAUGCAUGUGCACUUUAGUCUGCAAUUUUGAAUGUCUCCUGGUUGAAACAUACUCGGAACGAAUGGAUGAGACUUGGUGCUGAAAUGGUGCUUUAAGAUAGGAUUUUAUUAAGCGAACUAGCUUCCAAACAAAACUUCUACAUCGCAAUCAAUUAACUAUCGUUCUUCAUCGAUAUUGUAGAUUCGUAGUUCCAUGUAUAUAUAUAUAUAUAUAUAUAUGUUUAUAUGCUA